GGGAAGGAAAUGGAACAAUACUGUAACCCCUCGUGCACAUAGCCGACAUCAAGCCGACGCUUAGAUCAUCCCUCCAUCGCAAACAUAUCGAAUAGACGUGAAGAAGUGAAAACGAGAUAAUUUCAGAGGUCACAAUGCCCGAUUAUAGAGAAGCAUCGAAUUUCUGCGCCCGCUAUUCAAUUGUUGGCAUGAUUUUUAUGGUGCGUAUCACACUGUUCCUCCACGACUGACGCAACAAUGUUCUAAAGGAUUAGACGCACUUGCUGCAUGAAAGCUUAGGAUAGGUGAAUUUGAUGAUGCUUCUUUGGUCUAACUUUUAUUUUUGAUUACCGGUUUGGCUUCGACACAUGAUGCAUCGCAGGUCCUGAUUUCCAUGAUGCUGACAUACCAACCUUUUUACAUCGGAGGGAUCGAGGACUUAGAUCAGGCCCGAAGCAAUGCAUACGGUGGCGCCGGAACAUUUUUAUUUGUUUUCAUCUUAUCGGUUGUAUAUCUGGUGUUUGAUGCUCUAAGGGGAGGAGGCAACAACAGAAAUCGAAGGGAAUCAAGAAUUAGUCGUGGGAAUGAGUACGAUGCGGUAUCGUUGAGUGGUCUCGAUGGAACGGAACAGAUGAUGGAAAAUAUGGCAAAUCUGGAACUUCCUCCGAGUGUACAGGAAGCUCGCUUUACGUAGUGAAUGAAUCCUGAGGAAGCUAUUGCUUUGGUUCGGUUUGAAGUUGAAACAAAGAUCAUCGAACAAUCAAUGUCUGAGUCGGGUAUGUGGUAUUUACUACACUCGUUGAAAACAACGGGUCUUACACUGUAUCUCUUUCGAUUGGUCUUGAAUAUGCUGACUUUCAAGUGGAGUUCGACACCUAUAUCUGGCUGCAUCAAACAAAACCUGCGAGAUCGCGAUCUUUCCCCCAGUAAGAAGCAACGAAAAUCUCAUUGGUUUACAAACCCUUACACGAUUCACCUCGCUCACAAUCGACCAGCUACAUAACUUCACGAUUUGUGAUAACAUGUAUUCAUAUAGAAACACGAGUUUAUUCCUCUAAUUAUCUAAUGCAACUUGCGGGAAGGCUUAUCCUCAUGUAGUAGAAACACACGAAUACUAGAACAUCGAAUUUCAGUUUUCCAGUGGCUUCUUCCCGGCAGAGACGCUUACCACAGGAUACUGCUAGAAGAAUUCUUCAAUUUUUCACAUUUGAAAAGCCUCUUGAAAAAAAACGAGGGGGUUGGUAUUCAUGUCUAUUAUUGAGGAUUUUGAGAAAUAUUUCGUUCCUUCCUCAAAUCAUUUGCUUACGAAUUGGCAUUCCACACAUCAGCUUAGAAAAAUUCAGUGUCUUGCUUUAAGAAGUAUAUUUGAUAUACAACAGUUUAUUCUUAUGCAUCUGCAUCGUCUGCAAUAGCAUUCAAGUGCUCUUCAAUCUCAUCCUCGGUCAAAACUUCGAAUUUGCCAUCCUUUCCCUUGAUACUUCCAACUUCGAUCUCUGAUCCUUUAAAGUCACUCCCCAAUACGUGUCCGAGACAUGUGAUUGCCGUUCGGAUGACUUGGUCAAUCUCAUAUUCUUUCAUUUCUGUUACACGCCUUUCCAAAAAGUUCAUUGCCUCCUGCUCUUUUGGUCCAGACGCCGCAGCAAAAAAGGGCAAAUAAUGUCCAGCGCAGUCCACCUUGAAGACCUGGGGACCCUUUUCAUCGUCGACUCCUACGAAGAGCCCAAUGCAAGCCAGCGGACGAGAGGAUGCCGCCUGGGUAUUCACUUGCGCCAAAUCGGCCAUUCGCCGGGCCAGAACACCCACGGGCAUCUGAUAUCCAUUGUCGAAGGCCCACUUACCGGCCUCGUACCUGGCUCGCUGCACCAUCGACUUUGAAUCGGCCAUGGGUCCUGUGACACAGCAUCCAAUUUUUUGUGUAAGUUUGAACAAGUGAGUGACGCUGGAUGGCUCCAUCAGUCGAUCUGGAACCUUUUUCUGGGUUACUACACAAACACUGUCCUUUCCUCGAACGGCCACGCCCGUCAAUCCAGAGUUUGCGGCUUUGAAGCAGUACUCCAUUUGAUACAAACGGCCCUGCGGAGAGAAAAUAGAAAUGUGAUGGUCAUAAUUGCUGUGCGUUGUAUAGUUUUUGUUGAAAAAGGUUGGUGAGGCGCGAGAGAUUCCACUCGUGGUAUUGUUGAUUCAGAAGACAAUGCUAUCGUCAUCGUUUGCUUGCAACGACGUAUCCACAAAGGGAACAUUUAGCAUCCUCUUGGCUACUUACGAAUCGCGACUCAUGGUAUUUUUUUGGUAUUGAGUUUAAAAAUAGUGAUACAGAUCUCUGCUAAGGACAAUUUUACUGAAGUUACUUGCAGUGGAUGGGAUGAUGCCUUGACUUUGAUACUUUUAUUAGUCUUGCUACUCGCGUUCGGUUGUGUAGCAAUCGGGUUAGGGAGUGAGUGUUGUGAGUCUCGCAUGGGUUUCGUUGAUUUUUACUGUCUCCGUUUUUACAUCGUUUGUUCGGUUUGCUUCGAGGAUCUUCUAAAACUUUGGGGGCACGAAAAUAUAUUUCGUCAAAACUGGGGAUCACAAAUAGGUACAUACUUUUUGUUCAUAAUUUUCGUUCAGUACUAAUUAUGCAUUACAGUACCGUACGGUAAAACCAUAAAUGUACGGUACGUACUAAGGAUACCUUCAAAAAUAAAUUCUUUUUUGCUGUUCUAGCUAUUAGUCAAAAUACCGUACCACUACCAGCAUUACCACUACUAGUAGUAGUACUAGUAAGUACAUAUUGUAAUACUAGUACUACUAAUACAAGAAACAAGAAGAUCACUGCUAGUAGUAGUAGCAGUAGUACUAGUAACAUUAACGUAUCUUGUUGCUGUUGCUGUUGCUGCUGAUGUUUUUGUUGUUCUUCUUUUUGAUCGCUCCUUCUUCUUCUUCUUCCACCAGCAUCAGCCAGCAGCACAUCCCAGACGAUUUCGUCGCCUUUCGUAAUACUAGUGCAUGCAACUGCACUGAUGAUACUAUGGUGUGAUAGAAUCGGUGAUUUGUAUUUUCUCUAUUCUAUGGCUUUAUGAAAUUGUUUCCUUUGAACUAUUCAAUAGUGUUCCUGAAGCUAUCUUCACCGUGUUCUCCUUUCAAACAUUGAGCACGAUGUUCUCAAUAAGAUUUUCCUCAUCCUCAUUUUUACAUAGAGGACAAUCGUCACCCAAGAUAGAAAUACACAUCUCUUGGUAACUCGAACGGCGGUUUCGCUUCACCAACGCAGCGUGGUCUUUCCCCUUGAGCUCGCUGAUGUUGGAUUCAAAUAGCCAAUUUUCCCCCAUUCUAUCUACUGUCAAUGAUGACUGUUGUAGUGUUUCGUCAACCUGAACCUGGUUGAGCUCUUUGAAGCUAGGCACAUCCCCAUUUCUGAUGUUGAUGGGGGCAUAGAUAUAACUCGGAAUGGAAGUUUGAGAAGCCGGCAACGAUGGUACGGGUGAUUGAUAUGGGAACUCGUUUUGACCCCGUUUCUUUUCAUUUGUGUUCCCAUAUUGCUUCGCUCUUAAUGGCCUUGCAAUUUCUUUACAGCAUCCAUCGUCUCCUCGCACAAAGGUUGGAUGGUAGUAACAAGAAUCCCAGAACGGUUUGACGGCGGUGAUCUUGUGAAACCCAUAUAAAUUGCACUGUCGUUGGAACGAACGGUACUUUGAUUUUUUAAAGUACUUCGGCAAUACCUCGUCUACAAAUAGCUGCUCAUCAUGUACCCGAAAGCUCCGCCCAUCUUGGUGCCACGAGACAAUAUGGGCGAGUCCCUGGCGCUCUGUCUCCAUCAGCAUGCGGUAUAAUUUGCACGGAAACUUCAUGUCCGGGUCGCGAACGUGAUGUUUACUAACAGCAGAGAGAUCGAGAUUUUUCAGAAAUUUGGUCAUUUUCUGUUCAGAAAUAUAAUGUGUGCUGUGUU